CCCUGCCCUGCCUGAGUUUGCAGUUGAGUGCGCCAGGGCAGCACGGCUGGAUUAUAUAACUUUAAUGUACUCACGGGUUUAAUGGCGCAAGAAUAGAAUAUUACGCCACAGAUCAGUGGAUUCAUUGCGGAAUUAUAGUGAAGUCGGAUGCGAGAUAAAGAAAUGGAUCAGGGUGGACUAAAGCGCAACGGUAAUCAAGACGACAGCCUGACAUUUGGCAUGACAGGAGCUGGAGUAGGCAGAGAUACGAAUAACACAGCUGGUUCACGGCUCCAGUCUGCAACGCACAUGUCUGGCCCCGGGUCUCUGCCUCAGCCCACAGUGGCCCCAAAUGGACAGGGUGAAACCAAAGACCAGAGGGAGCUUGGAGGCCUUUUUGAGUCCCCUCAGCAUCAUGUCCUGUGUGAGGGGUCAGACAUAGAGGAGGGUAAAACCAUCAAAAUGCAGAAACAACAUCAGGAUAUUGAUGUUUUCAACAUGGAGGACAACUUGCCGUUGUUGAAACAGAGUAUUUCCGAUCUCAAUCAGAUGUCCACCUCUGUCAUCAGCACCUCAGUCUCCUCCAUCCUUGGCAACCUCCCUCUGCCCAACCUUUUUUCCCAGCACAUCAAGCAGGAGGGGGAUUUUUCUCUGGAUAAAGACUUGGGAACUUACAGCGGACACACAGUCGCUGUUCCGUGUGAUUUGGAUGGCAACAGCAGUGGCCUAAUUGAGGAUCCCGAGAUUUGGCAAGACCUGGACCUUUCAAAUUCUCUGCCGGAAAUCAGUGAUUUUGAGUUGGUUUCAGAAGUGGAACACUUGGAUAACCUCCUAAAUUACAGCAGGGGCGGUGGUGGUUCGGUCAGUGGCUUGAUAAAGGAAACCAAGCCUCUUGUGGGUAAUGGAGUUAACUGUACCAAUGUGAAUGGCACGGGCCAGCAGCAGCACCCCCUACACCAGCAGCACCACCUUCUACAGCACCAGCAACAUCAGCUUCACCAUCAGCAGCAGCCGGCAUCACUUCUCUCCAACGUUAUGAUUAAGGAAGAGAAGGAUCCAGACGACUCUUUCACCCACAUCCGUACACCCGGUGUUGUGAAACUGGAGAAGCAGGACAGCGCUGGUUUCUGCCAGUCGCAGUGUCUCCAGAGCAGCAUGAGCUCUCUCCGUGGAGGAGGUGCCAUGCCCUCGUCUAUGGCCCUCAGUGCAGGACCUAGCUACCACUACAGAGCCAACCCGUCCUCCACAGUUUCCCGACAAGACCAGGAGCCUUUUGGCAUUUACCCAAACCUCCCUCUGGUGGGGGAGGACUGGGCCAGGAGCAACCGGUUUGGAGAGUCGUCCGGGUUACAGAGGGGUGACGAUGGGAUACCCUCCGCCGCAGCCGUGGCAAAUUUUUCUGUCAGCUUCUCCAGCUUGUCAACCAGCAGUUCUGUAGUGCCGAGCCAAUCCAAACCCAGUGGGCAGACGCAAAAGAUCUGUUUGGUGUGUUCAGACGAGGCCUCUGGGUGCCACUACGGGGUUGUAACCUGCGGCAGCUGCAAAGUGUUCUUCAAGAGGGCCGUCGAAGGAUGGAGAGCACGACAAAACACAGAUGGACAGCACAACUACCUGUGUGCAGGGAGAAAUGACUGCAUCAUUGAUAAGAUCCGGAGGAAGAACUGUCCAGCCUGCCGCUUCAGGAAAUGUCUUCAAGCUGGAAUGAACUUGGAAGCGAGGAAAAACAAGAAGAUGAAAGUGCCCCCCCACCCAUCCCCAGUCGUCCCCACCAUGCUGUCUAUGCUUAAGGCCAUCGAGCCGGCGGUCAUAUACUCGGGCUAUGACAGCACACUGCCUGACACCUCCUCGCGGCUGAUGACCACUCUCAACAGGCUGGGGGGACAGCAGGUCAUCUCUGCAGUCAAGUGGGCCAAGUCCUUGCCAGGUUUCCGCAACCUGCACCUGGAUGACCAGAUGACAUUGCUGCAAUGCUCCUGGCUCUUCCUCAUGUCUUUCAGUCUCGGUUGGAGGUCCUAUGAGCAGUGUAACGGUACCAUGCUGUGCUUCGCCCCUGAUCUUGUCAUCAACAAAGAACGUAUGAAGUUGCCCUUCAUGAACGACCAGUGUGAGCAGAUGCUGAAAAUCUGUAAUGAGUUUGUCAGACUGCAGGUGUCCUACGACGAGUACCUGUGCAUGAAGGUCCUGUUACUGCUCAGUACAGUACCAAAAGAAGGCUUGAAGAGCCAGACAGUGUUUGAUGAGAUCAGGAUGAUGUACAUCAAGGAGCUGGGAAAAGCCAUUGUCAAGAGAGAGGAGAAUGCUAGUCAGAACUGGCAGCGUUUCUACCAGCUAACUAAGCUACUGGACUCCAUGCAGGAGAUGGUCAAGGGUCUUCUCCAGAUCUGUUUCUACACCUUUGUGAAUAAAACCUUCAGUGUGGAAUUCCCGGAGAUGCUGGCAGAGAUCAUCACCAACCAGAUACCAAAAUUCAAAGAUGGGAGCGUCAAGCCUCUUCUGUUUCAUCAGAAAUGACUGCCUUAAACUGUGAAGCAAUGCCUUAAAUCCUGCCCUGCCCUGCCCGUGUACCUCUCUGGGGCCCCGAGCUUUCGCCCCAGGCCCUAAGCCUUUGCUUGUCCUGCCCCCCCAUCACAAUCAAGUCCUCUGUUUUCCCAGGCCCUCUUUAGGAGUUCUGCCAUGCCCAUCCAAGCCUCAGCCAUUCAGCCUUAUCAUGGAGCACAAUACCUGUGGCCUCACACCUCCCAAUCUGGUCCCAGGUUCGGAGGAAUUUUGAUUAAACACCCUACCACCGACCUGUAGCCCUUCGUCAUGACUAAACAUGAAGAAAUUGUUCUCCAGGGAAAAUGUGUUGGCUCUGAAUGUCCUGUGGGCAGGAUGCAUUCUAUUUUUUUAUUUUUCUAGCCCCUCCAACGUCCAGGGCCCUGUCCUCAGGUUUCUAAUGCUGUUUAUUUUGUUGGCCGCCUGCUUCUUACUCUCUCCUAAAUCCAGUGUUCUAUUGCUGUUUUUACUAACAAGCCAACACCCUCAACAUGACACCUUAUAUACUGUCCAACUUGCUGGAUUAGAAACCUAUUGAAGCUCCUUCCAAGUUCAAGCCUACUGUACCUCUGCUCACCUGCUCCGCUUGUGUACGUUUGCCCUUCCUAGCUCCAGUUUGCAGAGAAUGUAGUGAGUGUUCACUUGUUGUGGUUUCCAGAGGACUGUUGGUGAUGAAGGGGAUAAACAAAAACACAACAAAAUUGGAAAAAUGUUUUAUUCUGGAACCGAGGACAUAAAGGACUAACAGUUUUCAGCUGUGAAUUAGUUAUCAUUUCUGAAAUUAUAUGCAUCAGAUUCAUUUACCUGACCAAUGGAAAAGACGCUCUAGGAAUGUAUUCAUUUAUUUUAUGCAGACACGCAUUUUUGACCACACAUGCAAAAGUCACGCUAACACACACACACAAACAUUCAAAGUAUUCACAGACACAUUUACUCAACAUAACAUUUACACGGGAUGUAACUGAGAAGGGAAAAACAGUGCCUUUUAGCUAUUAAUGCUCUUCAUAGCCAUUCUGUCUGAACAGUGUUUUUUUGCAUAAGAAUCUAACUUUGAUAUAUUGCUUCUGUUUUAGUUUUUCCACGCUGGCAGCUUUCUCUCCAAGCAGCCGUUUUUUUUUUGUCCUGAUCCCCAGACAUGCAUGUAAGGAAGACCUAAGGAAGCCUAUGUUACAGAUUUGAAAUGCAUAGAGCAGUUUUAAAUAGCUUAAUUACACAUUUUCAAAUUCACUGAAAAAAGACAGGGAAAGUAUAAAACAAAAAAGGCUGUUCAUGCCCCAAAACACAUUUUAUGUGUCUCUUUUUCUCAUGUAGAGUAUAUAUUUGAUAUAUACACACACACAUACAAUAUAUAUAUAUAUAUAUAUAUAUAUAUACAUACAUAUAUAGUGCAUCUCCCAAAAAGUAUCAGAUUGUUACACAAAGUUACAGUACCCAGAUUACAUCAACACAUAUAAUGUUAAAUUCACAUCCAAAUACUUUAACAAGUUUAUAAGAAAGUGCAACCACAUUGGUGCUAAAUGGACACUACUGGAAACAAACCAGGCUCUUCUGAUGUUUUGUAGUAUUUCAGGGCAAAAUGACUGACUUAAAGAUAUUUUUAGAUCUCGGGAUAAUCAGUUGUUAAUUGGAAUCAAAUUUGUUUACAAACUUUUCAGAUGCAAACGCACAUAUGGGUUUUCUAAAACUAAAUUGCCUUUGACAGAAAUAUCCAAGGCGUCUGUACAUUAAUAGAUAGCCCUAAUGAUUCAAGCAAACCUGGCCUAAAGUUAAAAUCGUCCUUUCAUUAACAGCUGUUUUUAUGCCAAGGUUCUAGUUUAGUUAAUGGUUUCAUACAACUUACUUUAAAAUGGGGAUUUACCUGGCCAAUCCCAGUAAUGUCAAAUGGGAAUAUAAAUUAUUUCAUGGUGCGUGUUGUAACCAACAGGAAAAAUAGACUGGUCGGAUUAUCAAAAUUGGUACCAUGAACAUAUGUAGUACUCCUAAAAGAUAAACAAAAACACAUAUAUGUGACAAAAGAAUGUUUUCACUCAAAAUAUCAUUUUAGAUAAAAUAUACCUUUUAAUCUUCACUUCAAAUUGUUUGCACAGGAAGAAGGGUUAAUAAUUUGUUGAGCUCAACAUGGCUGAAAGGGUAAUUAAAUAUAAAUACAUACAUACAUACAUACAUACAUCUCAUAUACAUUUGUUUUUUUUAUAUGAGAUGUAAAAAUAGAUACACCCAUAAUUGAUGGAACAAUAUUUCACCUCCUAAAUUGUUAUAAUUUUGGAAGAAGAUGCAGUUUGAUCCCAAGAAUUUGUGAAUCAGUGCUCGGGCUAUGAGUGACUUCAUUACUUGGAUGUAUUCCACUAGUGCCAAAUGUUAUAUCAAGAGUUUAUGUCUUUUCCUGGAGAUGUAAAACAGUAAUUAUUCAGACAUUAGUUGUUGUUUUUUUUGUAAUUUUGAUUGAGAGUGCUCAUUUAUGAGAAGGAUCUUUGUUCAGUGUCACACCUACACCAGCUUAAAAGUACUGAUUGUUAUCAUCCAAGUUAAGUGUAUGAUUGAUGAUUUUUGUUGUUGAGAUGCACAAAAUAUUGUAUUUCUUAUAUUGCAAAGUAAGCAGUAAUUUAGUUAACACUUAAUAUGAAAAUGAUGUUUGUAAAGCAAAGUAUACUAACAGUGCAGUUGUAUAUUGCCCCCCCUCUCCCCUCCUACGUUGACCUAAGUAUUUCUUGUAACUGCCAGGCCCCUCUGCGUAAAUUUUCUACCAUACAGAUUUUCAACCAUUUACCCUGAAUGGUAUUCAUCCCUCCACAGCGAAUAACUCUGAACGGCAGUUAACAGACCACGUAGCAGGUUGUCAUAGAGAUCGGUCAUAUGUGUUACUUAACAGCACAGUAGACUCUGGACGCAUACAAGCCACUGUUCAAUAAGAGCCAUGAUGUUUUUAAUCAGCCAUUCUGCCAAAGGAUGGCCACUCACUGCAGGGUUGUUUCUUGUACACUGCAGGCUUUCAGCUUCACUCGCUAACUCAGCUUCGUGGGGAUUGAUGGCGCUCACAUCAAUGUUGAUUUUUCUAGGGAAAAUUUGACUCAACUGUCUGUUUUAUUUGGAUGACUUUUGCAUACAGUAAUACAGUUGUUUUCCAGGUGGUGGUGCUUCAGAAAACCAGCUUUAAUGUGUAGACGUAACCAUAUCCCUGCUCAUUUCUAAAUGGCCAUAGGUGUACAUAGGAGCGCCGACAUAUCCAGUGCAAUGUAAACAGCGUCUAUUAUUACAAAAUAUUUUUACAUGGACAUAACCUCUAUAUACAUUUUUCUCUUUUACCUUUCAACUACAUGUAAAGGCCUUGUGAAAGGGAGACAGAGAGCCAUAGAAAUUCAAAUCAGGAAAUGGAAAAACCCUUAACAAAUAUCACUGCUUUUAGAGAUUGAUCUAUUGUAAAAAAUGAAAAAUAAAUAAAAAGACAAUAUUUUCUGCGAUUUUGAAUACAUCAGUUUGAUCCUCUUUGAUAUGAAUAAUUUUACCCAAUCCUUUUUGUACAUUGAACGAGUCAAGAAAGUAAAUAUUUUUCUGUUUGUUUGAUAAAGUUAGAUGUAUUGAAUACGUUAGAAAGUGUUGAAGAUGUUUGUCUUGUGAAGUAAAUGUAAAUUCUACGAGUCAAUGGGAAAGUCUAUAUGAAUGCGCACUGUUUUAAAGUUUUAAGGAAAGGAUGGGGAGGGAAGGAUGAAAGGUGUCUCACUAACUGGAGGAGGUUAUUGCAUUAUAUAAGAGUGACCAAAGCUGAGGAGAGAAAAAAAGAAUUAACAUCAAAAAGAAGUAUUCAAGCAGUUACAUUUUAAGUAGCACUUAUUAUCCAACUUCUAGUACUUCUUUUUUUUUAUUUGAAAAGUAUCUUUUGUAAAGGUCCAGGCUUUGAAUCCCAUGUAUAUUGUAGUGAGGAUUUACUGGUCACUUUAAAAUAGAAAAAACAAAAAAAAGUUGAAUCUCCAUGUGAAAGCAAAUCUACCAGAGCUUGACGGAAUUGCACUACCAUCAUACUGGUUGAUAGUCUAUUUUGUAUAAAAUACAUGCAAAUAUUAUCUUUAAAGAUUAAGGGCAGACCAUGGUUCACUGGUACAUAUAUGGCUAUGACUUUCAUUGAAGUCUGUUUUGUUCGUAUUUCAGUUAUGUAAAUGUAAUCCAAUGUAAAAACAAACAAAAAGUAUAAAACGUUUGUUUAAAAAAAAACAAAAAAAAACAAUAGUUUGUUUUACUCUUCUGUAGUCAGUGUCAAUAUUUUCACCUAUUUGAUUAAGUGUUGAAUUACGUUAUCUGUGUUGUUCUUUGACAUUGGAUUUGGCAUUGUGUUGGUAACAACUUGGAUGAUGUUUGUGUCAUCAGAAGAACUGAUUUAUCAACAUCUUACACAAUAAAGUUUUCUGUUUUUCA